UUAUUUUAACACUAGAUAUAGUAUUACAACAAACUAUCAUUUGAGUUUGUCCAAUUUCUCGAGUGAAAUCACACCUACAAAGUGAACUUCCCCAUAGUACUCAGUAAGCUGCCACACUGAGUGUAGAUCAUUAGUGCUAGUGAGAUUAUCGAAACGUUCGGACGUAGAAAAAAAAAUAAAUAAAAACAAAAACAAAAAAAACAACAAAAGUAAAUACAUACAUACAUACAUACAUACAUAAUCGAAUUAAUCGAUUGAUUGAUAAUUAUUUAAUAACAAUAACAAUAAUAAAUAAACAAAACAACAAACAAGUUUUAACAGUUAUAAUUUAGAAUUCACCACCAAAAGUGCAUAAAUUAUUAAGUCCGUUAACAUGGCCAAAGAUUGCAAAAAUAAUGAAGAAAUUCAAUAUUUUUGUGAAUAUUUGCGUAUACCCAGUGUUCAUCCAAAGCCCGAUUACAAACCCUGUGUGGAAUUCCUAAGGAAACAAUCCCAAUUGCUGGGCAUGCCCAUGCGUGUCUAUUAUCCAGUUAAUGAAGAAAAUCCCAUUGUAAUACUAACAUGGGCUGGUACAGAUUUAAGUUUACCCGGAAUCUUGCUAAAUUCACACAUGGAUGUUGUACCGGUCUUUCCGGAAAAUUGGACACAUCCACCAUUUGGUGCUGAAAUCGAUGAAGAAGGUCGUAUUUACGCACGUGGCACACAGGAUAUGAAAUGUGUGGGCAUGCAAUAUUUGGGUGCAUUACGAGCACUAAAACGAAGUGGUGUACAAUUUAAGAGGACUAUAUAUUGUUCAUUUGUGCCAGACGAGGAAAUGGGAGGUGGUCUGGGCAUGAGACCAUUUGUUGAAACUUGUGAUUUUAAGGCAUUAAAUAUUGGUUUCUCUUUGGAUGAAGGUUUGGCAUCACCCACUGAUGUCUAUCCAGUGUUCUAUGCCGAACGUAGUGUAUGGCGUGUAUAUUUUCACAUCAAUGGCAAUGCGGGCCAUGGUUCUUUAUUGCUAAAAAAUACGGCCGGUGAAAAACUCAAUUAUAUUUUGCAUAAAAUGAUGUCUUUGCGUGAAGAGCAAGUGCGACGUUUGGAAAAUAAUCCUCAAUUAACUAUUGGCGAUGUGACAACUAUAAAUCUAACCAAAAUCUCUGGUGGUGUACAAAGUAAUGUCAUACCGCCCAAAAUGAUGUUGUGUUUCGAUGUUCGUUUGGAUUUAAAUGUUGAUCAUAAAGAAUUUGAAGCAAAGCUGCAUCAGUGGUGCAAAGAAGCCGGUGGAGAUAUAGAAAUUACCUAUGACCAACAACGUCCUCGUGUUGCACCUACUGCUACCGAUAAUAGUAAUUCUUAUUGGGUUGCCUUUAAAAAGGCCACCGAUGAAAUGGGCCUUAAAACAGAACCUCAAAUAUUUACUGGUGGCACUGACAGCCGUUACAUACGCCAAGUUGGUAUACCAGCUUUAGGCUUUUCACCAAUGAAUAAUACUCCCGUAUUGUUGCACGAUCAUGAUGAGUUCAUAAAAGCUGAUACCUAUUUACAGGGCAUUGAAAUUUAUAAGAAAAUUAUUGCAAAUUUGGCAAAUGCCUAAUUUUAAUUUGAAGUUUUUUUAAGUAAUUGAUGAUUACUGGUUGUUGAACAUAUAAUUCAGUUACUAAGUUCCUAAGUGUCCUCAUAGGUGUGUAUUGUAAAUCAGCCAAAUUCAAGUAUUUAUUUUUAAAUAAAGAUAUUAUAAUAAUAAACAUUCAAA